GCUAGCACUAGGCGCCAAGCAGCCGGUUUCCUUAGCGACAAAGAGCGCGGGAAUUUCAGAUAGAUUGUAAUUGCGGCUGCGCGGCGGCUGCCCGUGCAGCCGGAGGACCCAGCACCUUUUCGGGUGCUUCUCCGGCAUCUAGGCCUCGGCGCUUGGAGGCACGGAUCUUUUUCUCGGAAGAAAGGUGAGACAGCCCUGAGGAACAGUGAGGGUACCUCGGAAUACUCUUAUGGAAGAAGUUCACUGGAACUGGAAGCAAUGGAUUUAUCUGCUGUUCGAAUUCAAGAAGUACAAAAUGUCCUUCAUGCCAUGCAGAAAAUCUUAGAGUGUCCAAUCUGUUUGGAACUGAUCAAAGAACCGGUUUCCACAAAGUGCGACCACAUAUUUUGCAAAUUUUGUAUGCUGAAACUUCUUAACCAGAAGAAAGGGCCUUCACAAUGUCCUUUGUGUAAGAAUGAGAUUACCAAAAGGAGCCUGCAGAGAAGUACAAGGUUUGGUCAGCUUGUUGAAGAGCUGCUGAAAACCAUUGAUGCUUUCGAGCUUGACACCGGCGUGCAGUUUGUAAAUGGUUUUGGUUUUUCAAAAAAGAAAAAUAAUUCUUUUGAGCAUUUGAAUGAGGAGGCGUCUAUCAUCCAGAGUGUGGGCUACCGAAACCGUGUCAAAAGACUUGGACAGAUUGAAUCUGGAAAUGCCGCCGCGAAGGACAGCCUCAGUGUCCAGCUGUCUAACCUUGGAAUUGUGAGAUCAGUGAAGAAAGAUAGGCAGACACAACCUCGAAAUAAAUCUGUCUACAUUGAAUUAGAAUCUGAUUCUUCUGAAGAGAUAGUAAAUAAACCAGAUAAUUUCAGUGUGAGAGACCAGGAAUUGUUACAGAUCUCCCCUCAAGGAGCAGGAGAUGAAGGCAAGUUUCACUCUGCAAAAGAGGAUGCUUGUGAGUUUUCUGGGGGCAUCAGAAACAUUGAACAUCAUCAAUGCAGUGAUAAAGAUUUGAACCCCACUGAGAAUCAUGCAACUGAAAGGCAUCCAGAAAAAUGUCAGAGUAUUUCUGUUUCAAACGUGCAUGUGGAGCCAUGUGGCCCAGAUGCUCAUGCCGGCUCAUUACAGCACGAGACCAGCAGGUUAUUGCUCACUGAAGACAGAACAAAUGCAGAAAAGGCUGAAUUCUGUAAUAAAAGCAAACAGUCUGGCGUAGCCGUGAGCCAGCAGAGCAGAUGGGCUGAAAGUAAAGAAACACGUAAUGGCAGGCAGGACCCCAGCACCGAGGAAAGGGUAGGUCCAAAUGCUGAUUCCCUCUGUGGGAGAAAGAAGUGGACUCAUCCGAAAAGUCUGUGCCCUGAAAAUUCUGGAGCUGCCACCGAUGUUCCUUGGAUAACACUAAAUAGCAGCAUUCAGAAAGUUAAUGAGUGGUUUUCCAGAACUGGUGAAAUGUUAACUUCUGACAGCGCAUCUGACAGGAGGCAUGAGUCAAAUGCUGACGCAGCUAUUGUGGUGGAAGUUUCAAAUGAAGUGGAUGGAUGUUUCAGUUCUUCAAAGAAAACAGACUUAGUAGCCCCUGAUCCCUAUAAUACUUCAAGGUGUAAAAGUGGAAAAGACUUCUCCAAACCAGUAGAGGAUAAUAUCAGUGAUAAAAUCUUUGGGAAAACCUAUCAGAGAAGGGGAAGCCGCCCUUCCUUGAGCCAUGUGACUGAAAUUACAGGCAUAUUUACUACUGCACCACAGAUAACACAAGAGCAGCCCUUCACAAAUAAAUUAAAACGUAAAAGAAGUACAUGCCUUCGUCCUGAGGACUUUAUCAAGAAAGCAGAUUUAGCAGUUGUUCAAAGGACUCCUGAAAAUAUAAACCAGAGAACUGACCAAAUGGAACCAAGUGACCAAGCAGUGAGUAUUACCAGUAACUGUCAGGAGAACAAAACAACAGGUAAUAGUCUCCAGAAAGAGAACAACGCUCACCCAAUAGAAUCGUUGAGAAAGGAACCUGCUUUCACAGCUAAAGCCAAAUGUCUGAGCAACAGCAUAAGUGAUUUGGAGGUAGAAUUAAAUGUCCACAGUUCAAAAGCACCUAAGAAAAAUAGGCUGAGGAGGAAGUCUUCUACCAAGUGUGUUCUUCCAUUUGAACCAGUCAGUAGAAAUCCAAGCCCACCUCGUGCUGAGCUUCAGAUCGAUAGUUGUGGUAGCAGUGAAGAAACAAAGAAAAACAAUUCCAACCAAAUGCCAGCCAGGCACAUUAGAGAGCCUCAACUCAUCGAAGCCAGUGAAACUGCAGCUGAUGCCAAGAAGAGCGAGCCAAAUGAACACACAAGGAAGAGAAGCGCCAGCGAUGCUUUCCCAGAAGAGAAAUUAAUGAACAAAGCUGGCUUAUUAACUAGCUGUUCAAAUCCUAGAAGACCUCAGGGACCUGUCAGUCCUAGCCCUCAGAGAAAAGGAGUAGAGCAACUCGAAACAUUCCAAAUGCCUGACAAUACCAAAGAACUCAGGGAUCUGGUCCUGGCAGGAGAGCCCAGCGGCAAACCCACUGACCGGUCUGAGGAGAGCACCAGCGUGUCCUUGGUACCUGACACUGACUAUGACACUGAGAACAGUGUCUCAGUCUUGGAAACUAACGCUGUCAGAAAUGCAAGAACAGGAUCCAUUCAGUGUAUGACUCAGUUUAUCGCGAGUGAAAACCCCAAGGAACUUGUUCGUGGUUCUAACAACGCUGACAGUGGCACAGAGUGCUUCAAGCACCCGUUGAGACAUGAGCUUAACCACAGUCAGGAGACAAUAGAAAUGGAAGACAGUGAACUUGAUACUCAGUAUUUGCAGAAUACAUUUCAAGUUUCCAAACGUCAGUCAUUUGCUUUAUUUUCAAAACCUAGAAGUCCCCAAAAGGACAUUGUUCACUCUGUGCCCUCAAGGGAACUGAGUCCAAAGGUGACUUCUAAAGGUAAACAAAUAGAAUGUCAGGGACAGGAAGACUCUGAAAUCAGUCAUGUACAGGCAGUUACAGCCGCAGCGGGGUUCCCUGUGCUCUGUCAGGGAGGUAAGCCAGUUGCUGAUACAACGUGUGCUGGGGUUUCUAGGCUUUGUCCGUCAUCUCAUUACAGAAGUGGUGCGAAUGGGCUCAGCACCACAGGUAAAACUGGAAUUUCACAAAACUCACAUUUUAAACAAUCAGUUUCUCCCAUCAGGUCAUCUAUAAAAACUAACAGUAGAAAACCUCUGACAGAGGGACGAUUAGAGAAACAUACAUCAUCAAGUGAAAAGGCAAUUGGAAAUGAGACCAUUGUUCAAAGUACAGUACACUCAAUUAGCCAGAAUAACAAAGGAAAUGCCUGUCAAAAAGCCAGUUCAGGCAGUAUUAAUGAAGUAUGUUCCACUGGUGAAAACUUGCAGGAACAACUAGGUAGAAACAGAGGGCCUGAGGUAAACACCAUGCUUCCAUUAGAUGGUACGCAGCCUAGUGUCUGCGAACUCAGGGUUCUUCUAAGUGAUAAGCUUCUUGAAAUAAAGAAGCAGGAGGGUGAGGCUGUUGGUGCAGACUUCUCUCCGUGUCUGUUCUCAGAUCAUGAACAAUCUAUGCGAAGUGGUAAGAUUUUUCAGGUUUGCUCAGAGACACCUGAUGACCUGUUGGAUGAUGUUGAAAUUCAGGAAAAUACUAGCUUCGGUGGAGGUGACAUCAUGGAGAGAUCUGCUGUUUUUAAUGGAAGUGUCCUGAGAAGAGAGUCCAGUAGGAGCCCGAGCCCUGUAGCCCUUGUGUCGAUGUCUCGGGGUCUCCACAGAGGGUCUAGGAAAUUAGAAUCCUCAGAAGAGAGCGACUCCACUGAAGAUGAAGAUCUCCCCUGCUUCCAACACUUACUGAGCAGAAGCAACACACAUGAGCUUACCAGAUGCAGCAGUGUUGUGACACAGCAGAUGUCAGAGAAAGCAGAGGGGACCCAAGCACCGUGGAAGGGCAGCAUCAGUGACUGUAAUAAUGAGGUGGUCUUGAUGGAGGCGUCUCAGGAACAUCAGUUUAGUGAGGAUGCAAAGUACUCUGGCAGUAUGUUCUCUUCACAGCACAGUGCAGCCCAACGUUCAACCACGAACGCAAAUUCCCAGGAUCCCAGUUUCAAUCCACCUUCCAAACAAAGUGGUCUUCAGUUUGAGAAUGAGGAAGCUAUCCUAAGUGACAAGGAACUGAUUUCAGAUAAUGAGGAAAUGGCAGCUUGCCAGGAAGAGGAUAAUGAUCAAGAGGAGGAUAGUAUCAUCCCAGAUUCAGCAUCUGGAUAUGAGAGUGAAACAAACCUUUCUGAAGACUGCUCACAGAGUGAUAUUUUAACGACUCAGCAGAGGGCGACCAUGAAGGAUAACCUGAUAAAGCUCCAGCAGGAAAUGGCUCACUUGGAAGCUGUGCUAGGGCAGCAUGGGAACCAGCCUUCUGGCCACUCCCCUUCCCUCCUAGCUGACCCUUGUGCCCUGGGAGACCUGCCAGAUCUGGAACAAAACAUGUCAGGAACAGCAAUUUCAACUUCAAAGAACAUUAAUGAGAAUCCUGUAAGCCAGAAUCUGAAGCGCACUUGUGAUGACAAAUUCCAGCCACAACAUCUGGAUGGUCCCACCAGUGGAGAUAAUGAGUCAGGGAUGGAAAGGCCUUCUCCUUUUAAAUCUCCAUUGUCAGGCAGUAGGCGCUCUGCACAGGGGCGCUCUAGGGGUAUUCAAACCAGAGACCCCCCCUCUCAAGAGGAGCUCCUUCAGCCUGUUGAAUCAGAGACGUCCUGUGAACCACACAACUUGACAGGGGGGUCCUGCGUGCCAAGGCAAGAUCUAGACGGGUCCCCAUACCUGGAAUCUGGAAUCAGCCUUUUCUCUAGUAGAGACCCCGAAUCCGAGUCCCCUAAAGAGCCAGCCCACGUUUGCACCACACCAGCUUCAGCCUCUGCACUGAAAAUAUUCCACGGUCAAGUUGCUGAGUCUUUCAGGAGUCCAGCCUCUGGUGCUACAAGGCCGGCAUUGACGUCUUCAAAAAGCAGAGUGGACAAAGAAAUCUCCAUGGUGGUGUCAGGCUUGACCCCCAAAGAAGUAAUGAUUGUGCAAAAGUUUGCUGAAAAAUACCAUCUCACUUUAACUGAUGCAAUCACUGAGGAGACUACGCAUGUAAUUAUAAAAACAGACGCUGAGUUUGUGUGUGAACGGACACUGAAAUAUUUUCUGGGCAUUGCAGGAGGAAAGUGGAUAGUUAGCUAUUCGUGGGUGAUCCAGUCUAUCCAAGAAAGAAAACUUCUGAAUGUGCAUGAAUUUGAAGUCAAAGGAGACGUUGUGACUGGAAGAAACCACCAAGGUCCAAGGAGAUCCAGAGAAUCCCGGGAAAAGCUCUUCAAGGGCCUGCAGGUCUAUUGUUGUGAGCCCUUCACCAACAUGCCCAAAGAUGAACUGGAGAGGAUGCUGCAGCUGUGUGGGGCUUCCGUGGUGAAAGAGCUUCCAUCUCUCACCCAUGACACAGGUGCUUAUCCAGUUGUGAUCGUGCAGCCAAGUGCCUGGACAGAAGACAACAACUGCCCUGAUAUUGGGCAGCUGUGCAAGGCCCGACUGGUGGUGUGGGACUGGGUGCUGGACAGUAUAUCCGUCUACCGGUGUCGGGAUCUGGAUGCCUACCUGGUACAGAAUGUCACCUGUGGCCCUGAGAGUAGCGAGCCACAAGACUCCAAUGAUUAAUUUCAGAAAUGGUCUUUCCGUGCCUGGGAGCGUCUCCCACUCUUCAGUGUUCCACGCCCUACUUACUAAGUAUUUGUCAUGCAUCAGCUUGGAAAACACAGCUUCUGCCUAUGUGAGGGUGCCUCCAGGGUUUUCUAAUUAAGUCCUGCUUUGAAAUUUGUCUUGAGCACAAAAAGUUUUCACCUGAGAAAACUUUAUCCCACCAAUUGAGCAAGAUGCUAAUUCGUUGGAUAUCAUUCUUGGAGAGACAGUGGGGUGGCCUGGCCGGUCUAAGCUAGGCAUGGUGGUACUUGUCUAUAGUCACAGCACUUGGUGGAAAGAGACAGGAGUGUCAUGAGUUCAAGGCCAGCCUGGGCUAUAUACAUGACUGAAGAACAAAUAACUAAUGGUCCUAAUUUGUCCUUAUAAAAUCACAUGUUCAUAAUGGCCGAGAGUCAAGCCCUUCAAGGAGAUGGCUUGAGAUAUGUGAUUUGACUUCAAAUCAGGGCUCCUCAAGGCUCCGGGUUUAAUACCCAGCACCAAACAAGACCCAUUCCCCUCCCCCAACCGUACCCUGGAUAGGGCUUAUGCGGGGCUUAGACCUUAGAGGACACUGAGGAAAUUCAGAGGCAGAUUAUGUAUUGAUAUGAAUGUGGAGUUUUUCAAGUGUCAAGGAGAGCCUUCUAAUUGCCCAUAACCGAUGAGCACCGUGUCUGUUUUAGUAACUUUAAGUAACCCAUUCCUCUUUAAAUAUAAGGUCUCUGAUAUGAAUAUUUCAUGUCUGUACAAUGAUGGAUUCCACCAGGAAAGGAGCUGUUGCUUUCUUUGAAGUGAUUUUUUCCCUUUUGUUCCCUGUUGCUGAACUAUACUACUUUAUAAAUAAUUUUGCUUGCUGAAGGAAGAGAACAUAUUUUUCAUGUACUCAUAAUCUUGGACUGUUUAUGGAUAUUGGGGUGAGUAAGUCUUCCCUGGCCCCACAGUGUGCAAGGGCAGUGGAGACCUGAUUAUACAAAGGAUGUUUAUAAAUGUAAUAAAUGUUAUUAAUACUGCAAAUAAAUUAAGUAGCAAACA